AUGCCUUCUUAUUACUUUUUUCUUACUCUUCUCAUUUUAUUGUAUACAUUUGAUAAUAUAAAAGUUAACGGUGAUGAAUUUAAAAGAGAAAAAACACAUAUGAAAAAAGAUCCACGUGAUUAUACUGAUAGAGAUGUAGACAGUCUUUUCGAAGAAUGGGAGGAUAAUGAUGACGAUAUCUUACCUGAAGAUGAACGUCAUGAUUACUUUAUUCGUGGUAAAAAUCGUCCUCAAUUUCGACCAGAAGAUUUUGUCGGUAAACAACCUGAACAAGUUAUGAAAUUAUCAAAAAAAGGACAAACAUUGAUGAUGUUUGCUACUGUUUCGGGUUCACCAACACGAAGAGAAACAGAAGAAAUUACUCAAAUAUGGUGGUGGGGUUUGAAAAAUGCUUUAUAUGAUGUUACUCGACAUGUUAUUAAUGAUGAUCGUAUAUUGCUUGUUUUAAAUGAUGGUUCACAAGCAUUUGAAAUCAAAGAUUUUCUUGUACAACAGGAUCGUUGUAAAGAAGUUACUAUUGAUAAUCGACCUUAUUAUGGUAAAGGUGCUACGGCUGCAGAUAAAGGUGGCAAAAAGGAACUCUGA